CGAAAAGAAAAGGAUAACAUUAACAGGAACGGAGAGAGAGUAUCUGCAAAGUGCAAGCUGUGUCUUCUGGGACUGCAUAUAUCUUCUGCAAACUGCAAUCGAAUCCCAGUGACCCAAAAAGAUCACGAAAUAUCUCUGACCCCGAUUUUCUCAGGAUUCCUUUCCACCCUCCCCUCUAUAUAAUGCUUCCAUAAUAGCUAAUACCUACCCCAUCACUGUUCUUGCGACCUUCAAGAUAUGGCGUUGCUUUCAUCAUCAUCACCUUCUUGUUCGUCAUCAAUGGCGGAGCCGCCGGAAGACGACGAGAUGCCGCAUGUGUUAGCUGUGGAUGACAGCUCAGUAGACCGCAAACUCAUCGAAAGACUACUCGCUAGCUCUUCCUGUAAAGUGACCACAGCGGAGAAUGGGCAGAGGGCACUGGAAUUUCUGGGGCUGGGAGAGGGCGCAUGACCAGUAACAGGCAGUCGAAGGUGAAUUUGAUCAUAACAGACUACUGCAUGCCGGGGAUGACAGGAUAUGACCUGUUAAAAAGAGUGAAGGGAUCAUCUGACCUGAAAGAGAUACCGGUAGUGAUACUAUCAUCGGAGAAUGUCCCAACAAGAAUCAAGAAGUGCCUGGAAGGAGGAGCCCAAGAAUUCAUGAUAAAGCCGCUGAAACAAUCAGAUGUUAAGAAAUUAAGAUGCCAUAUGGCUAAGUUUAAGCAGCCCUGCAGUGGACGGUUAUGCAUUGGAAGAUAAACAAUGGAUAUUCCACAGAGAGAGAGAGAGAGAGAGAGAGAGAGAGAGAAAGAACAUGUAGAAAAGAGUUCUAGAAGGUAGAGAGAUAUGGAGUAUGGACUGGAGAAACUUCCAGAAAUUUUGAUCCUUUGUACCAACUGAGAUUGUUAAAGUUUACAGCUUUUCCUUAGUAGCUCCAAGAAUACAGUAUUUUUUUUUUUCCACUAAGUAUCCAUGUCCAGUUAAGUUAGUGACAUUAAUCCAACCAAAUAUUUGAUUGUCCCGAACAUUUGUGACCUUGUGUAUAUAUAGGGAUGAUUG